CGGGGCGCUGCCAGUGGCGAGGCGGCUUCACGCACGCGGGGCACGUCAAGACGGCGGCGGCCGACAGCGCUCGGGCAGCUCCGGCCAGUGAGGCGUGCCCACGCCGCGAAGUUAGACGUGUCGUAGGCCCGUGUUCACACGCUCGCGCCACCGCCCGCCGCGCCCCCGCCGCGCCGCCGAGCCCCUCCACGCAUUGCGCAAGCGACCCCGCAGGGGACGUUGCCGCCGAUAUGGCCAGCGAAAUUACUCAAAACUCUAUUCUCCGCAUCACCGAUGAAAAAACUUUACAACUGAUCGAGCUCUACGAGCAGGAGUCGUGCCUGUGGAAUAGUGACUUGGAAGACUAUAAGAUCAGAGAGAGGCGAGUCGCCGCAGCGGCGAGGAUCGCGAAAGCGCUCAAUAUCCAGAAUUUCGAAGCCAAACAUGUCAUGAUCAAGUUCAAAAAUUUGAGGAAUUCAUACUGCCAAGAGCUCAAGAAGAUCGCUAACAGCAUAAACGCGCAGAAUGCGAAGGUGUACAAUCCAAAAGUAUUCUGGUUCAGCAAGAUGGAUUCGUUUCUGCGGCCGUACCUGCAACCGUCGCGCACCACCGGCUUCCUCCGUCAAUUUGAAGAUACGGACAGUAGAGAAGAGGGGACUUCUCGGUAUGAUAUCGAAAUAAAAAGGGAGGCGUCGGAGGAACCCGAGGACUGGCAAAUAUCGCACCACCCGAGGGCUGAGAUGUUCGAUCCGCCGAGCGACGACGACGCGGCGCCUGCGCAGGCCACCCUGACGGGCCGGCUGAGUAACAAACGACCCAGAAUAGAGGAGGUACACAGCUGCACGCCGCCACUGCCGCCGUUACAUCCAAAUCCAUCCUUAUCUUUAUUGAAAAACAUUUCUUCCAAUUUGGAAAACCUUGUUCAACAACGGGACGAUCCGUUGGAGUCGUUCGGGAAGUACGUGGCGACAAUGCUUAGGAACCUGCCGCCGGAGAAAGCCCUCGUCUUGCAGCCGAAGAUUAUAAGCCUCAUCACCAACGCCGCCAUCGGCAACAGCGACGGGCGAAUCAGUCAAUCCGAUGAGAACGAUUAGUUUUUUUUUAUUUCAAAUUUUCAUUACAAUCGGAGUGAAGAUACGGUAAACAAAGCAAUAUUUUGUUAUAAUUAUUCAUACAUCAUAACUAUUAUACAUUAUAUUAUAACAAACUUGUGGUUCACAAAAAAUGAAUUAAUAUCAAUUCAAUAAAAAAUUUAAAGCAAUAUUUUUAUAAAUGCUGAUACCACAAGACUUAUUUGUAUAGAAAUAAUUAUUUAAUUAUAUUUUGAACAGCCAGAUAUCUGGUUGGUAUUUUCCUAAUCGUGAACAUUGUGAUUUAGGUACAUAUUAAGAUAUAAAGUGAAGAAUAAUGACUCGUUUGAACAAUUAAGAU